GUACUGCAUGGAGAUGAACGCACGGCCUAUUCAACAAGCGGAAAAGGAUUUUUUUUCGACGCCUUUACAAGUAUCUUGCUUCAAUUUGAUUUCCCUCGAAGUUCCUAUUGUAGCUAUUGUGACGAAGUUUGACACAUUUGUUCAAGAUGUGCAGCAAAAAUUAGAAGAAUCCGCUGAAGAGGAAGAUGAGGAGGUUGACGACGACGAUGUCGAGAAGCUUGCCGAAAUACAAGCUGAUAUGCAAUUUGAGCAGCACUACAAAGGGCCUUUGAACGAUAUGAAGCACCCUCCGAAGGCGGUCGUGACUUUAUCUAAAGAACUGCAAAGCAAAGAGCGGAACAUUUACGACCUCAGCACCUUCUUCGCGACUGCUCAGAACGCUGAUACGGAAGUCAAGCUUACAACCUCAGCUUCCGGACCUUUUAUCAAGACAUGGGAAACAUAUUGGACUCACCCGAAGUCUGGAUCCCAAGUACCUGCUACGCUUGUUCGCCUUUUGGAGAAACAUCUGGACAGUAGCCAACACUACAUAGGAGAUCCAAGAUCAGACUUUUUUGAAGUGAGAGAUGGCAGUCCCAAUCUAUUGAGGUUCUGCAAGUGGGAGCAACGUGUAGCAGACACAACGCUCAUCAUGGAGAAGAUUCGAGUUUUCGAUAUCAAGGACGAGUUGAAGACGCUCGAAGCGUUGAUCAAGUGGUAUACCCAGCGAAGCGAUACCGUCACGUACGUUCCACCUUUUUUCCCUGUCUUUCGCACACCUUUCUUUGAGAGAUUAAGAGAAACUGAGUAUCUGCAAUUUGCGUUGGCUUCCUUGCUCGACGCUUGGACGAUCUCCCCCCUGUGGGCACCAGCAACUUGGGAGGGCAUGAAAAGCGUGCAAGUCUAUUUAUAUGGAGACGCGUGGUUUGAAGAGUAG